CCACUCCCCAUGUUUCUUAGAACAUGGAGGAAAUUAAGGCAGCUUUCCCUACUCGUCUCCCCACUAUAAAAACCUAUGAAGGGACACAGACCCAUCUCAACGAAAAGCAAAAAAUGGAGAUUGAAUCUGCCCAGUGUGAAUGUUGUGGGCUAGAAGAGGAUUGUACAAGAGACUAUAUAAGUGAAGUAAAGGCUAAGUUUGGUGGGAAAUGGCUGUGUGGUUUGUGUUCAGAAGCUGUUAUAGAUGAAGUUGGAAGAAGGUCGAAGAAGCUGCCAUCCGCCAUGGAAGAAGCUGUAAAAGCUCACUUUUCUUUUUGUGGUAAAUUCAGAUCAAACCCUGCAGUUCAAGUGGCUGAUGGUAUGAGACAGAUGUUGAGAAGAAGGUCAGGUGACUUGUCUUUCUCCUCCUCUUCUUCUUCUUCUUCUGCUUCUUCUUCUAAGAAGUACACAAGAUCCUCCAGCACAAGACUCUGCUAACAUAUUUGGGUAAGAAAUUACUGGGUAGGCUUUGCUUUUAAAUAAUAUUGGGACCUACUAAGCAUCAAAAUUUGUCUUGU